AUGAAUCUAUUUAAUCUAAGUGUGUUUUUGUUUUGGGGAUUGUUGGCGGAAGGAAAACCCUCGCCACAGGUGGAAGGGCCAGUAAUAGGCAUUGACUUGGGUACAACCUAUUCUUGUGUGGGCAUAUAUCGUAACGGACGUGUAGAGAUAAUUACCAAUGACAUGGGCAAUCGUAUUACACCGUCAUAUGUCUCCUUCAUUGGAGGAGAAAGGAAAGUUGGCGAUGUUGCAAAAAGUCUCGCUACUAGUAACUCCAAGAAUACUGUAUUUGACGCCAAGAGGUUGAUCGGGAGAAAAUUCCGCGAUGAAGAGGUCCAAAGGGAUAAGAAAUUGCUACCAUAUGAAAUAUUUGACAAGGAUGGCAGGCCAUAUAUAAGAAUUGAUGACAAAGGAAGCAAGGGCGAAUUUGCCCCCGAAGAGAUCAGUGCCUUAGUGCUUUCCAAAAUGAAGAGCAUGGCCGAAAACUUUCUCGGUCAGACAGUUAAAAAUGCCGUUGUGACAGUUCCUGCAUAUUUUAAUGAUGCCCAGCGCCAAGCUACCAAAGAUGCAGGUCAAAUUGCUGGUUUGAAUGUAUUACGUAUACUCAAUGAACCCACAGCCGCUGCUAUUGCUUAUGGUCUUGACAAUAAGGAUGAAGAAAAAAAUAUUUUGGUCUAUGAUCUCGGUGGUGGUACUUUUGAUGUUUCCCUACUUACAAUUGACAACGGUGUAUUUGAAGUCAUAGCGACAUCAGGAGAUACUCACCUCGGCGGUGAAGAUUUUGAUCGUAAUGUUAUGGACCAUUUUAUAGCCCUAACUAAGUCACAACAUGGGAUUAACAUUGCUACAGAUGUACAAGCUGUACAAAAGCUCCGUAAGGAGGUUGAACAGUGUAAGAGAAAGUUAUCAUCUGCCCACAGUUGUAAAAUUGAGAUUGAAAAUCUGAUUGGUGACUUCAACUUCAGCCAAACCUUAACCAGAGCAAAAUUCGAGAAUCUGAAUGAAGACCUGUUUAAGAGCACAUUGGAACCAGUAAAGGACGUGUUAAACCAAGCCAAGCUUGAGAAAUCUGAUAUCCAUGACAUAGUUCUAGUUGGUGGGUCAACCAGAAUUCCUAAAAUCCAGCAAUUGAUCAAGGAUUUCUUCAAUGGCAAAGAGCCCAACAAGGGUAUUAACCCUGAUGAAGCUGUUGCCUACGGAGCGGCAGUACAAGGCGGUAUACUUGCUGGUGAAUCUCACGAUGAACUGGUACUUUUGGAUGUGACUCCGCUAUCACUGGGUAUCGAAACUGUUGGUGGCGUCAUGACUAAGAUUAUCCCCCGUAACACUGUGGUUCCAACAAAGAAAUCACAAAUGUUCUCUACUUAUAUGGACAAUCAAACCACCGUCACUAUCCAAGUUUACCAAGGAGAACGUUCAAUGACACAACACAAUACUCUGCUCGGAAGAUUUGACCUUACUGGUAUUGCCCCUGCACCUCGUAACACUCCUCAAAUCAAUGUCACAUUUGAAAUCGACACUAAUGGCAUUGUGAGUGUAUCAGCUGAGGAUAAAGGUAGUGGUAAGAGUCAGAAAAUUACCAUAACCGCGGAACAAGGCAGGUUAUCAAAGGCUGAGAUUGAAAGAAUGAUCGAAGAGUCGGAGAGAUAUGCUCAGGAGGAUAAGGAAAUGAUGGAACGUGUUGAAUCCAAGAAUACGCUUGAUGGUUACAUCGCUAGUAUGAAGAGGAGUGUGGAAGAUAAGGAUAAGUUGGCUGAUAAGAUUGAGGAAGAUGACAAGACCACAAUUUUGAACGCCUUGAAAGAUGCUGAGACGUGGCUUUUCCAAAAUCCAGAGGCGGAUACUGAUGAGUAUAAAUCCAAACUCAAGUCACUGGAAGAAAUUUGUAAUCCUAUUAUACAAAAAUUGUACCAGGGCAAUGCAGCCGGGGAAUCCAAUUAUGAUUCUUACGGGGAUGAGUUAUGA